AUGUCAGAACCCCAGAACGGCCCCUCGCCUGACGCGGCGGAACAGAAGAAGCGUCGUGCCUGUGAUGAGUGCAGAACCCGCAAGCUUGCAUGCACCAAAGAGGCCGAUGGCUGCCGCCGCUGCAGGCGGGAGGGCAUUGCCUGUAUCUACUCGGCCCAGAAGCCCAUGGGCCGGCCACGAAAGCGGCCACGAGCCGAUGAGGAAGACGAGAAGGCAGCUACUGAUGCUGCUGUCCGAGCUAAUAGUGGCACUGUCAACGUGGUCCGCGACACACCUGACGGCGAUGUGGGCCUGUCGAUCCUGGCCGACCAAGUGUCGUCGCCGGGCUUCACGUUCUUUGAUUUUCUCGGCAUAGGCGACAACAACGCCCUUGAUCCCAAUCUCCUACAGCAGCAGCAGCUGCAGCAAGACCAACAGCAGCAAGACCAGCAGCAGCAUACCGCACACGAGGAUCCAGUCCCUACCAGCGUCCAUACACAACCUGUCACGUCGUUUCCCGCUGCAACUGCAGCCGUCUCCGGGCUUUCACCGCCAUCGACAGCACGGCACUCCCCAAUGCCCACUACCACACGCCGUUACGAAAGGCUUUUCCCGCGAAGCCUGUUCGGCAUCAACUUUUCCGAUAUUGACUUCAACACGGGCCCGACUGAUGCCAUGGCCGGCGGCGUGCCGACGCCUCCGACCCGAACAGACAGCAACGGCAACAGCAACAGCAACGGGGAAUCACCGAGCGGCGGGUCAGAUGUGCCGACACUCGCUUCGAACGGCAGCCAGUCAUCACAAGCGACCGAGACACCCGCAUCAAAUCAGCCACCACAACCUAUGGUGACUCCGGGGCUGACGCCUGGGUUGGCCGGGACCAGCCCACACGGUUGGCUGCCGCGCCAGGCCUCCUUGGGGAUUCUGCCGCCGUCGCCAAAAGCCAUUCCUCAGCAGCUGCCACCGCUGCCCACCACUGCCGAGGCUGCGCCAUCUGCAUACGAUGGCGAAAACAAUGGCCAAAAGAACAAUGGCGAGCUGCCGCCGUUCGAGCCGAAGCCAUACCCGUUACCAGAAGGCACGCCCACACUUGUCGGCGGCAUACCGACAGUCACGCCGGUCGAUGCCUACAGCAAGUCGUCGGCCGCGUGGCUGCUCACCGCACCCAACCGUGUCUGCGGCUGCCUUGCCCGGCUGUAUCUGGCACUCGAUUCUCUGCAGCACCUGCCCACCGAAGUCGGACCGGCCAUGACGGUUGCACGCAACGCCGCACAUACGGCGCACGACACGGUCCUAUGCCCAAGCUGCUCGCCACCGCAUCUCGACCUGUACGUCAAGCCGCCCGUACAGGCAUUCCAGAACCUGAUGAUUUUGGGUGCGCUGUUGCCCACCAUUGCGCACGCAUACCGGCGCAUUGUGACCAUGGUCGACGAGGAAACGCAGCGUGCGGCUGCAGCAAAACAGCGGCUACCGCUGUCGCUGACGGAAUAUGGCGGUGUGUGGGGCCACAUGGCCCGGUGGGACAAUGUGUGCGCACAAACGUCGUCGAUGGACAACUGCGUGGUGGAUCCACCCCUGUGGCGGCUGGUGGUGCGGGCGCUGCUCAAGAUGGACGUGUAUGGUAUCCAUCUCGACCGCGACGAUAUGGACGACAAGGAAGCAGCAGACAGCAUGGCGGCCGUAGCGCAGCAAGCCAUGGUGGCCACGGGCGUUGGCGGCCCCUCGCCGGCGUCGGACACGGACAUGGCUGGCGGCAACGGAAGUCCGGCUGCGAACUAUACGUCUCCACACCCGGAACGCAAGACCACCGGCGGGGCCAAGGCAAGCUUCUUCAUGGUGCCGGUCCACUUUGGCCUCAAGGACAUUGCUGAGAUGAUGGAAGAGCGAUCCAAGAUGCGGCACAAGUUCAUGGACGACGCAUACGACGCAGGUCUGAUCAAGACGCAUGACGAGGGCGGAGAAUGUGGCUACUAUCGGCUGCCGCCGGGCGAGAAGCCCAACUGCCAAAAGGUGAUUGAGAUGGCAAGGCAGGAGAUUGACAAGCUCGUGAUUGUGUAG